AUUUUCAAAAAACUUAAGGUCAAAAUUGUCAUUUUGCUGCCAACUCGACUUCUUUGUAAACGCAAAACCCAUUGGGAUUUCCUCAUCUUGUUAUCUGCUAUCAUCGUCCUUCUUUCUCGCACGCCCACAGACAAAAAUGGCGAUAAGCCUAUCCAACUCCUUUCUGCACAGAAACACUCCUCCUCCAACACUGUCGAUGAAAAAGGUAGCUGCAUCCGUAUCCCCCCCAAAUCAAGCGCGAUGGACUUGCCGGAAGAAGGACAUCCACCCCGAAUUCUACGAGGACGCCAAGGUGUACUGCAGCGGAGACCACGUCCUCACCACCGGCGGCACUAAGAAAGAGUACGUCGUAGAUGUCUGGUCCGGCAACCAUCCGUUCUACCUCGGCAGUCGCUCCGCCAACCUCAUCGACGCCGAUCAAGUUGAGAAGUUCCGGAAGAAGUUCGGUGGAGUCGGCGGUUUGGAUCAGUUUAUGCAGAUUCCGACGCUCAAAGGUGAGAUUAUAAUCCCACCGAAGCGGAAGUCCGGCGCCGGUAAAGGCAAGAAGAAAUAAGUAGCUUAAUCGAAUGCGUUUGAUGUUUAAUUCCAUUCAGUCUUCUUUAAUUUCGUAAAUUACUCUUCGGUUAUAUAUCCUGCAUAUUUUCUGAAUUCUCAAUUCAAACAUUCUUCAUAUGGUCUCAUUUCAUAGAAACAAGCCCUAACCCUAGAACAUGGGCAU